UUGUCUCUCCAUGCCUGCAGGCAGUUCCCAGGAUGUGGGAACAUCGUGACCUUCUCCCAGUUCCUGUUUAUUGCAGUGGAAGGUUUUAUCUUCGAGGCCAACUUUGGGAGGAAGAGCCCGGCCAUCCCCAUCAGGAACUAUUUCAUCAUGGUGGCCAUGUUCUUCACCGUCAGUGUGGUCAAUAACUACGCCCUGAACCUGAACAUUGCCAUGCCGCUGCACAUGAUCUUCCGCUCGGGUUCUCUCAUAGCAAGCAUGGCCCUAGGGAUCAUCAUCCUGAAGAAAAGGUACAGCGUGUCAAAAUACACCUCCAUAGCCCUGGUGUCCCUGGGCAUCUUCACCUGCACUUUCAUGUCUGCAAAGCAAGUGGCAUCUGACUCCAGCUUAAAUCAAGAGGAUGGACCCCAGGCUUUCCUCUGGUGGUUGCUGGGUAUUGCUGCCCUCACCUUUGCCCUGCUGAUGUCUGCCAGGAUGGGCAUUUUCCAGGAGACUCUGUACCAGAAAUUUGGGAAGCACUCCAAGGAAGCCCUGUUCUACAACCACGCAUUGCCACUCCCGGGAUUCCUGCUCCUGGCUCCCAACAUUUACCAGCAUGCCCUGCUCUUCAACCAGUCAGAGCUGUUCCAGGUGCCAGUGCUCGGCCUGACCCUGCCAAUCAUGUGGUUCUACCUCCUCAUGAAUGUCAUCACCCAGUACGUCUGCAUCCGCGGCGUGUUCAUCCUGACCACGGAGUGCACGUCCCUCACCGUCACCCUGGUGGUGACACUCCGAAAGUUCGUCAGCCUCAUCUUCUCCAUCCUCUACUUCCAGAACCCCUUCACAGGCUGGCACUGGCUGGGCACUGCCUUUGUCUUCGUGGGCACCCUGAUGUACACCGAGGUGUGGAACAGCCUGGGGCCCUUCCUGGCCCGCUGCCGGAGCAGGAGGCUGAAGGAGGAGUGAAUCCAGGCAUUUUCUGCUGGGACCUUUUUGUUGUUUUCCAGAGCAGAGCAGAGCAGCAGGGAGCCCCCCUCCCCAGGGGGUGUUUUUAUAACAGGUAUUGGCUGUGCCAAGCUCCUGGGAAAAUGGGGAUCCUCUGCUGGGAACGGAUUAUGGAGAAACAAUCCGGUUAUUUUUUGCGAGUCAGCAUUUUUUUUAUGUGACCCCUUUUGCUUCCAAGGUUUCCUCCUUUUUUUUUUUUUUUUUUUUUUU